UCUAAAGUCCCCUUUUUCAAAUGCCCUAAGCGAAAAGGGAGAUGUGUGAAGAAAUAUCGCACAAUUUAAAGCGCAAAAAAGCAUUUGUUUUGUCCCUGCAUUGUUGAGGAAAAUCCACUUGCAUUUUGUCCAUCUCAAACGCUGAAACAUGCAGAAACACUGAACCAGGAACAAAACAGACAGUCACAUUGAAAAAGAAAAUCGUGCAUGAUCAUGAUGAGAUCACAGGGAUUUGAUGCAAAAAGUUGUCUAAGUCGUAGAUGAAGAUGGACAACCCCACAGGAGAUGGGGGUGGUGAUAGCAGUGGUCUUGGUGACAGUUUCUUGGGGUCUCAUCCGUACAUAGUGUCAGAAGGGCAAGACGAAGGAGACACGUCAGAUGGUGAUCAGGGGAAUGAUGCACCAUUACGGGAGCAGGAUCGCUUUCUUCCCAUAGCUAAUGUCGCAAGAAUAAUGAAAAAAUCUAUUCCAAAAACUGGAAAGAUUGCAAAGGAUGCGAAGGAGUGUGUACAGGAAUGUGUCUCAGAGUUCAUCAGCUUUAUAACAAGCGAAGCCAGUGAACGGUGCCAUCAAGAGAAACGAAAGACCAUCAAUGGGGAAGACAUCUUAUUUGCCAUGUCAAAUCUUGGUUUUGAUAACCAUGUGGACCCUCUGAAAUUAUAUCUUCAAAAAUAUAGAGAGUCAACAAAGGGCGAAAAAGGAAUGGUUGGUGUAAAUGAAGGACUGGAAGAACUGGCAUCUGGUACUGACGAUACAUUUGCACAUGGUUUACCGACAAAUAUCUUGACAACUGAUCAGUCUGGCCAACAGAGUGUAAUCUACACAGCAGCAUUUGCUAAUCAGAUACCGCAGCAUCAGAUUCAAUUUGGAUGAGAUAUAGAUGGAGAAUCAGCUGUGUAUAUACUGGCCAGAUUCCUAGAAAGAACUCUCUAAAAGUUCAGGACUUAUGUUAUAAACACUUAUUUUAUUGAGCUCUACAGCUGGACUGAUUUACAAUGUUUGAUAUUGAGGAUUUUAUAUUUGUGAAAUAUUUGUGUUGUGAGAGAUCACAUCUUCCUCGUAAUUGAUAAACUGUGUAUUGAAUUAUAAAUUACAUGUGACAGCCAAUAUUUCUUCGCACUUGACAAGGCCAAGUAAAUACUAGACCCAAGAUAGUUUCCCUGCUCAAAGUCAGUCAGCAGUGGGGCAAACUGUAAUGGUGUAUAUCACUUUGCUGUGGUGAUCACCCUCAAAUGUCAUUUUUCGUCUUGAGUAAAAAGAGAACUGUGCAUUUUGGAUAGGACUCGACAUAUAAUUGUUCAUCCCAGGUUGUCAGUUACUCUGGGUUAUUACUAUGUCUUCAGCAGACAUUUUGUUGUGGUAGGAGCAAUUGUCCAAAGUACACCAUGAAUUUGAAAAAAAAAAUUGUAUAAAUAUGAAAAGGAUUGGAAACUUCUGUCAAUGUAAACUUUGGUUUGGUAGAAUUUUAUUGAAGUAGAUGAUUUUUUGUAAGAAAAAGACAAUAAAUCAUUCAUAGU